GCGCAAACUCGUUUGGUAUUCGGCUGAAGUGCGCAUUUACAGUGACCCCAAUCCUGACGACAAUGAAUAUUCAUAUCAAGCAGGCCUCGUAGACAGUGUUUUAAGAAUAGCAUGAUGUGGUUUACUUGAGAUAUAUAAACUGCUAGCUGUGACUUGAAACCAAAUGAUUUUGCAUAGAUCGAUACCUAUCUCGACGAUCUCCGCUGGCAAGACCGGCGGCCUGCCGUGUAAGCCGUGACGUUCUGAACUCAGAGAUCAAACUCACUGGUGAACCCGGAGCAAAAAGCAUGGCAGAGCCUCUGCUGAUCCUCCGCAUUAUCAAGACACUCGUUGGGCUGCUUGGCCUGAUUGGCAACACCGUCGUGGCUACGGUUAUUUACAAAGUGGAGUUCAUGCACACCCUGACCAAUGCUUUCAUCUGCAACCAGGCUGUGGUAGAUUUCCUGGGCUCGCUCUUCCUGAUACUGAGCAGCAACAUUGCGGCUCCCGACCCCCUACCGGACACCCUGGGUUAUCACGUAGCCUGUCACAUCUGGCUAUCUAAUCUGCUCAUGUGGGCUUGUUUCACCUCCUCCUCCGUCAACCUGCUCUCGCUGACAUGCGAGCGCUACGUGGCCAUAGUCUACCCUUUCCGAUACGCUCGUCUCUAUACCAAUAAAACUGUAGUUCUGAUGCUGGUCAUCAUCUGGCUAUCGGGACUGAUUCUGGACGGCGCCUACACGGCAGCAGUCAACACCUUCGAAGACGGCAAAUGUUUCUACUCCUCCGCGAUCAGCUCUCGAGCCCUGGGCAUCGUCUUCAUCAUGUUCAAGUUCUUCAUCCCAGCGAUCUUUAUGGUGUUCGUCUACUCCCACAUGACGGUGGAGCUGAAACGAAGCGCCACUCGCAUCGGCAACAUCGCCCCGACCGUAUCAGCUACCGUCCAUUCUGGAGCGAGCACGGCGGCCUCGAGCGUCGAGGCCCCAGAGCAGUCCCUGCUGCGAGCCCGCCGUAACGUCUUCAAGACCCUCGUGAUGGUAUUCGCUACUUUCCUGGUGUGCUGGACCCCGAACCAGGUCAUCUUUUUCAUGUUCAACUUCGGCUGGAGUCUGGACUUCUCCGGGGCCAUUUACAUCAUUUCCGUCUCUCUGGUGGCCAUCAAUUCUUGCGUCAAUCCUUUCAUCUAUGCCUUCAAGUACAAGCAGUUCCGACGUGGGUUCCAGUCCCUGAUUGGGCGGGGAGGCCAGGCUGAGGGGGACUCGCUCCAGACCUCCGAGGCAGCCACUCGCCAGUGGAAUCCUAGAAACGGAGCUUCCUGAGCUUUCCUGUGCGGGACCUUUUGCGAGUUUCAGACCAACAGGGAAUUCGGGGAUGGGUGUUCUCAUCAAGAACCAUAGGCUCAAUCCUCGAUCCGGUCAUGUAUUAGAAUUUCGGCUCAAAUCUGUAUGAGCACCAUUCAAAUUCUAUCAAGCACAAAUGUUACCAACGGUCGAAGUCAUCAGAUGGGGCAGAAACCGAAACUCUGAAGACACUUAGGCCUAUGUGAGCCCGAAUUGCUUAAAUUUUAAAGUCCUGUUAUAUAGGACUAGCUGACCCAUUAUUAGUUGUAUUUUACCGUGCAUUAUCUACCAAACCUGAUUUUUGGCACAGUGCUAUAUUGGACAAAAUGUCUGACAAUGCACCAAUCAAUCUUCUUGCACAAGAUAAACAAAUGCUUAUAACGGCCUGUAUUGUGUUGGUCAUUCAAGGACCAGGAGGGGGACCAGUGCCAUUUCCCUCAAGGCUUCUCACAAAUCUCGCACUACUUAUAGGUUUCAAUGCAAGUUACUAUAUAUAACUUGCUUUCGUUGUAAUUUUCAGAAAAAUUAAUGGAUUUGGCAAUUGGGUGUUGUACUUUAUAGCAAAUAUAUUGUUGCACUGACCUGUUUAAUGUUUUGUGUUCAUAAUGUUGGAAAAACCAAGAAAAACAUGCUGUUCCUGUUGUCUGUUUCCUGGCCCUACUUUACGAAACGGAGCAAUUUGU